AUGCGGUACAACCCAGUUCAGACAAACUUCUACAAGCCCCACGAAGAAGUAGCCAAGAUGACGAACGAGCAGAUUGCGCAAGUUCGGCUCGAUUUGCGAGUGAGUGCCACUGGCUCACAGAUCGUAGCUCCGGUGACGUCCUUCGCCCACCUUGCCCAUGUGCUGGGCCGAGAGAUAAUGGAGGGAAUCCGACGCCACGGCUACCAGCAGCCUACCGCCAUCCAGGCGCAGGCAAUCCCCGUUGCCCUGUCUGGUCGAGAUGUCAUCGGCGUAGCCGAGACAGGCAGUGGCAAGACGGUCGCCUACCUGCUGCCCAUGCUCGUGCAUGCCAUCGCCCAGCCAGAGCUGCAGAAGGACGACGGGCCAAUAGGCAUCGUUCUCUGUCCAACGAGAGAGCUUGCAGUGCAGAUCGAGACCGAGACCUUCAAGUUCAACAAGCAGCUGGGCAUGCGGAGCGUGACGCUGGCUGGCGGAUUGAGCAAGCUGGAGCAGUUCAAGGAGGUCAAGCGUGGAGCAGAAAUUGCGAUUUGCAAUCCUGGCCGCCUAAUUGAUGUUGUUAAGAUGAAAGGCUGCAACUUGCAGCGAUGUACAUACGUAGUCUUGGAUGAAGCUGACCGCAUGUUCCACAUGGGCUUUGAAUACCAGGUUCGCUCGAUUGUGCAGAACAUCCGGCCCAGCAGACAGACGCUUCUUUUCUCGGCAACCUUCCCGCCAAAGAUUGAGAAGCUAGCCCGCGACAUCCUGCAACAUCCCGUCCGUAUCACAAUCGGCGAGGUUGGUCAGGCGGCUGCCAAUGUGCAGCAGUUCGUCGAAGUGCUUAAGAACGACGACGAGAAGUGGGCUUGGCUCUCGCAGCGGGUCGACGGCAUGCUACAGAAGGGCCAGCUCCUCGUCUUCGUGAAGUCCAUCGCAAGUGCGGAGGAGCUCUCCCAAAACUUCCAGGACUUCUUGGAGAAGAAGACGGAGUUCUUGCAUGGAGAUCUCGAUCAAGGUGAGCGGAUGCGCAUCCUGCGCAACGUGAGGAAGCGAGUGGUGGAUGUGCUGAUUGCCACAGAUGUUGCAGCUCGAGGUCUCGAUCUUCCCUCCAUUUCCACCGUGGUCUCCUACGACGCCGCCAGGGACAUCGAAACGCACACCCAUCGAAUAGGCCGCACCGGGCGCGCUGGUGCGGCAGGGCAGGCUUACACACUUCUGACCGGCGACGAUCAGAACAAGAAGAUGGCAGCUCUUCUUGUGGAGAACCUGGAGCAGGCCAAUCAGGCAGUUCCGGAAGACCUCAAGGGGCUGGCGAUGAAGUACGGCCCUUUUCGGGCCGCCAAGCUUGAAGGGCGCACCUUCCUCGGCAAGAAAAAGGCUGGCAAGGUAGAGAAGAGCUCCUUCGGAAUCGGCUUCGACGUUGCCUCGAGGCAGAAGGAGACAGUCCAGGAGCUCGCCAAGCGCUUGGACAAGGAGGCAGACCAAAUGGCCGCUCUCAAUCGACAAAAAGCCAGCGGUGGAAUGAGGGCAGGUCCGAACCGGAUGCUGGCAAAGACAGGUUUCGUCUCCGCCGCCGUGGCCGAAGCUCCGAAAAAACCGGCAAACGAGGCCUCCUUCAAUCUGAAACAUGGACCUGUGAUGUAUGUGAGUGUGUGUGUGUGUGUGUUUGUGUGUGUUUGUGUGUGUGUGUUUGUGUGUGUGUUUGUGUGUGUGUUUGUGUGUGUUUGUGUGUGUGUGUUUGUGUGUGUGUUUGUGUGUGUGUUUGUGUGUGUGUUUGUGUGUGUUUGUGUGUGUUUGUGUGUGUUUGUGUGUGUUUGUGUGUGUUUGUGUGUGUUUGUGUGUGUGUGUGUGUCUGUGUGUGUGCGUGUGUCUGCGUUUGGUUGUUGA